AUGCACGCCAUCUCGACGGCCGCAUGCUCGUCUCUGCUGCUCCCGUGCAGCCGCGCUCACGUCGCCAGUGCUAGACGGCGCGGGCUCGACGCGCCACUCUUGGGCGUCCUUGGCUUCGUCUCCUGGCUGGAGACGCACUCUCCGGAGGCUCUGGUGGAGAUGCCCGCCCUGCCUCGCGAGAACAGCGAGAUCACGCCGCGCGACGUCGACGUGGUCGCCUUCGACCUCAACUCGCUCGUGCACAAUGCGCUGCGGAACGCGCGCGACGAGGACCAGGCGAUCGCGAUGGUGUUUCAGAUGCUGCACAGCGCGCUGCGGCAGGUCCGGCCGCGGACGACAGUCGUGCUGGCGCUUGACGGCGCCGCGCCGAUCGCCAAGCUGGAGACACAGCGCAAGCGUCGCGCCUCGAGCUCGAGGCGCGACGAGCGCAAGAAGAGCAAGCCGGACACGCGCAACAACAAGCGGAGGCCCGCGGGCGUCUCCGCGCUGUGCGCGACGCCGGGCACGCGUUUCAUGGCCAGCCUCGAGGGCGCGCUGACCUACUGGAUCUGCGCCGAGCUGCAGACCUACCGCGCGCGCGGCCUCCGCUUCCUCCUCUCCGGGAGCGACGUGCCCGGCGAGGGCGAGCUCAAGAUUGUCGACUGGCUGCUGUCGCGCGGCGGGUCGAUCCGCGGCGAGGUGGCGCUCGUCGGCGGCGACGGCGACCUCGUGCUGCAGGCGCUGACACUGCAGCAGGUGCAGCGGCUCCUCGUCGUGCGCGAGCUGCCCACGCGCAAGCGGCCGGGCGUCGCCGUCCACGUGCCGACGCUGCGGCGGCGGCUGACGGCGGCGCGUGGCGUCGGCGUCGGUGGCGGGACGGCGGGGGAGAACAACCCGCACGGCGCCGCCGCCAUGCUGGACGACCUCGAGGCGCUGGCGUGCUUCACGCUGAUGGGAAACGACUACCUGCCCAAGCUGAGGGAGGCGAGCUUCGAGCGACUGUGGCGCGCGCUCUGCGCGCUGCGCCGCCACCCGUCGCCGUACCUGGCGGGGCGCCGCCUGCUGCGCGCCGACCGCUGCUUCGACGCGCCGCUGCUCGCCGCGCUGCUGGAGGUGGUGCUGAGGAUCCACCGGGUCGCGAGCACGGCGAUCGCCACCGACGUCGAGGCGGGCGUCGCGCCGUCGGCGGCGCGAGCGGCGCACGCGAUGGACGGCCUUGCGCCCGCCGAGGUGGAGGCCACCGUCGAUGUGGUGGUGGAGGAGCUCUUCGCGUCUUGGUCGAUGGGCGGCGAUGGCGACGUUGAUGGCGGUGGCGGUGGCGACGGCGGUGGUGGCGGCGGCAGUGGGAGCGCGGCGCGCUACUUGGGUGGCGUGCUGUGGACUGUGGCCAUGUACACCGACGGCGUCGCGGCCGACUACUCCUACCGCUUCACCAACCUGAAUGCGCCCGCCGCCUCUUCGCUCGUCGCCUACCUUCGCAAUGGCCACCUCGCGGAGACUGCCGCCGCUGGCACCACCACCGCCGCAAGCGGGGCGCCGUCGUCGCUGCUGCCAUGUGUGCCCUCCUCGUCUGCCGCGCCGCUGCCCGCGCCGCUCGUAUGCUCAGCGCUGCUCCCGCUGGGCGAGCUGCGCAAGUUGGCUGACCCCGUGCUGCUGGCGGAGCUCGAGGAGGGCGGCAGCCUCGCCUUCCUCACCGCAGCCGAGCGCGAGCGCGCCGCCGCCGCCGCCGCCGCUGCCGCCUCCGCCAGCGUCGACGGCGAGGAGGAGGAGGAGGAGGAGGCCACCGCGCCACCGAAGCUGCCGCCCCUCGACUACCCGCGCACGCUCAAGGCCGCGGCAGCGCUGCCGGAGGCGGUCGUCGGCCGCUCGCUCCGCCUCUCCGCAUCGCCCUCUUGGCUCGACUUCACCAGCACGCGCGCACACGGCCGUGGGCGGGGCCGCGGACGCGGUGGCCGUGGCGGUGGCCGUGGCAAAGGGGCGCAGGCAGAGGGCCUCCCGGAGUUGCCCGCGAUGCCUCCCGACCCGCCCACCGGGUCGAGGUUUCGCCCGCUGCAGGCUGGGGAGGUGUCCGUGGGAUGGCUGCCCGCCAGCCGCACGCCGCGGGCGCGUCGCUGGGCAGACGUACCGUAA